GGAAGAGAGUGUUGCCCUCUCAGUAUUAUCUGUUUGCAUAGGAGAUGAGGUAUUUUAACCAAUUGCAUUUGUGACUUCAAAAAGGGAAUUUCCUCCUGCGUAACUCCGGACUGCAGUGACAAGGGGGUAGAAAAGAGAGAAAGAGAAAAUAAAAAUAUUUUCUUUAAUCAUGUUUGGACAAUUGCUGACUACGGCUACAUUACGAUUCUCUUCUCUUACUAAUGCCGUUCGACCCACUUUGAUGGGACAAUCUAUGUUCUCAAAUCCUCUGUCAAAUGUACUCACAACACAAAUGCGUUUUGUUACCCGUGGAAAUACAUAUCAACCAUCUCAGCUUGUGCGUAAGAGAAGACAUGGAUUUUUAACUCGCUUAGCCACCAAGAACGGUAGACAUAUCAUCAAUAGACGUCGUAUGAAGGGCAGAAAAUUCUUGUCUCAUUAAAUGUUGUAAAAAGUAGUAGAAAAAAAAGAGAGAAAAGAGUGUAUUUUAUAAUGUCCUUUUUAAUUGACAAUAAAAAAAUUAAAAUCUAAGCUUGCUAAAGAACCACUUGUUCUUUCCAGUUUGGUAGCGUUCUUCAAACAACUUUUUGAUGAGCUUCUUGGCGUCUUCACGUUGAGAAGGUUCCUUG